AUGAAUGAGGGACAGGAAACCUCGGAUGCCGAGGACACGACUCGCUCCAGGAGCACGACCUUGUCCCCGCCGCGGCCCCCGGGCCUCUCUGAGCGGCUCUCCUGCCCUAAGAACAGCGUGUGUUCCCGCUCCUACUUCGUGUUGGUGAUGGUGUUUUUCCACGUUUACAUCAUUAAUGUCAUAGCGCUGCUGUUUUACGUGCACUACAGCAGCAGCAGCGGCGGGCAGGACAACGGCAGUCAGAGUCGUGACGCCCCAAGCGGUCACCACCAGCAGCGACCCGAGUCUGCACAGAAACCACAGUUACUACGAGAUGUUCCCCUCACCAGGAUCGAGGGAAUCAGAGUGGGACAUGUGCAGAGAGUUGCACUGGUGCCGGGGAAAGUGCAUGAAAUGCGGACCCUGAGUCUAAAACCUCUGUUGUUUGAGAUUCCUGGGUUUCUGUCAGAGGAUGAAUGUCGUGUUGUGAAGCAGCUGGCGCAGCUAAAGGGUCUGAUGGAAAGUCAACUAAUGGUACAAGAUGGUCAAGAAGAUCUGGCCAAGGAGCUCAACCUCAGUCCAGAGGAGAUAUUCAACCUUCUGGAUAUCAACCAGGACGGACAGCUGCAGCUCCACGAGAUUCUGACUCACUCCAGAGUAAGAGACGGCAUCUGGCUGACACCAGAGAACCUGAGAGAAAUCUACGCUGGGCUGAAAGUUGACAAGAACGACGAUGGAUUGCUGAGUCUGGAGGAGUUCAGGCUUCUGAGCAGCGACGCCUUUCAGCGCUUCCUGCUGCAGCGAGGGGUCAAGAGGAGUCAGUUGGUGAGAAACAGCAGACACACGUGGCUCUACCAGGGCAAAGGAACUCACCAAGUUCUCCAGGACAUCAAGUCCAGGGUGACUCGUCUCACCCGUCUCCCACCCACGUUAGUGGACCUCAGUGAGCCCCUCCAGGUGGUUCGCUAUGAGGAGGGGGGGCACUACCACGCCCACCACGACAGCGGCCCUGUGUAUCCUGAAACCGCCUGCACACACACACGACUUGUGGCCAACACCUCUGCACCUUUUGAGACUUCUUGCAGGUACAUCACAGUUCUCUUCUACCUGAAUUCUGUUGAGGGGGGCGGGGAGACCGCAUUCCCCGUGGCAGACAACAGGACCUAUGAUGAAGUGUCUCUGAUACAGAACGACGUGGACCUGCUGGACACCAGGAGACACUGUGACAAGAGUAACCUGAGAGUGAAGCCCACACGGGGCACAGCCGUGUUCUGGUACAACUACCUUUCUGAUGGAAGAGGUUGGGUUGGAGAGCAGGACGAAUAUGCCCUACAUGGAGGCUGCGUGGUCACCAAGGGCGUUAAGUGGGUCGCAAAUAAGUGGAUCAACAUCGACCCGGACUACGCUCGACAGGCGCGCUAUGAGCAGCUCGUGUCACAGCAGCCGGAGGAGGAGGAAGAGGAGGAGGAGGAUGAAGGUCUGACUUUGAACACUGACAUACAGAGUUCAGACAUCCAUCAAGACCUGUAGCUUUACAAAAAAAACAAGUUUAUACAUAGAGUAAGUUUGGAGACGUCUUCCUUCAGUCGUGUGCACAACAUUUUUUGGUGACACCCUCUGUGACUGGUGUGUAGAUAAACCUAUUCAGGGAAUGGAGUCACAGUGAGUUUAUGCAACAGCGAGGAGAUUUUAAGUUAAAGGUUUGUUUGUAUUUUUUUUUUAUAGUAUAGUUUUUGUUUUGUUUUUUUAAUUUGUCCAAAAAGUGUGUUUGCCCAAAAAGUAUGUUGCACUAGAAACCUGUCAAUCUUGCAUGUUUCAGUUUCACAGGGUUUGCUGUUGUGAGAAGCAGAAAUUGCACUUGAGAAAAUUGAAAGAGCUCCAGUAAAAAACAUUUGAAUGCACUACCUUGUUACUGCUUUCUGUUAGUGUGAUGCAUGUUGUCUUGUUUCAACUCAAUUCUCACAUUCGUCCGAUUAGAAACACACUAUCUGAUUGUAGCUUCAGUCUUUAUUACGAUUCCCUUCCAAUAUGCACUGUCACGCAUUCAAACAGAAUAAAGUUCAGUUAUUUUAAAAA